CAGAAGCGCGAGCCGAGCACGUGAUCACCACCAGGAAGUGGAGACAUAAACAGAGAGCGACCUGCUCUUUAAUUCUGAGUUCUGUGUUUUUAUCCCUUGCUUUUCCUUCCUUGCGCUUCAUAGCGCUGCACGGUUGACCAUGUCGUCGCACCAGACCAAGGAGUCCAGCUUCCUGGGAGGGAGGAUCCCCCCUGAGGUCGAAUCCAUGUCCAGAUAUCUGAAGGAUGCAUCGUUAACGUUAGACCAAGACAUGUUUAGGAAAAUACUGAAAGCUCUGGCGAGCAGCAUAGAAGGCCGAGACUGCCGGGAGGUGAUGAGGCGCAUAGCGGAGAGCAGCGUGAUCCCAGAGGAGAAGCUCAGUCACAUCGUGGCGGGGAUGUACCGCGUGCUGACGGAGGCCAUCCGCAUCCCCACCUCUUCCCUAAAGCAGGAGGCUUUCAAAGAAGAUCUUCGAGAAUUGAGGAUACCUGAAGACUUUAUCACAGAUUUUGCCAGUGUGGUGUUUGGAAGCCGUCGUGCAGCUUUGGAGGCUGUGACGUCCGAACGUGACCCUCACCUACCCACUCUGGAUGAGCUGCGCUGGCGCGUGGACGUCACCAUCUCUACCAGUUCCUUAGCCAGAGCUCUUCAGCCAUCGGUCCUGAUGCAGAUAAAGCUAUCUGAUGGGAGUCUGCAGCAAUUUGAGGUUCCUGUCUCCAAGUUCCAGGAGCUUCGCUACAAUGUUGCUCUGAUCCUGAAGGAGAUGAACGACUUGGAAAAGAAAAGCGUCCUCAAGAUCCAGGACUGACCACGGCACACUUCAGUCCCACAACAAUCCUUAUUAUCUUGUUUAAGGCUGAACACUUCCUUCAAACUAUUAUAGAAUUGUCACAUAGCAUUGAAGUAAUUCUGUGGAAUUUAACUGUCUUUAAACAGUUCAAUUCCCCCUUGUUAUGCAUUUUUAAUGAAUUAUAAAUGGAUGGGGGGUGUAUCAGUUACGUCAUAGGAUGAUGAGCUCGGGUGAGCAUCCUGUGUUAUAGUUGGCUCAUCUGAAUUUUCUAGGACAAAAAAAACCACACUUUUACAAUUGUGUCAUAUCCGUAUAGGUGUUGUUAUGAUGCAAACAACAACAAAAGGUUUGAUGUAUAAAAAAAAGAAAAAUACAAAAAUAAACUAAUUCCAAAAGAAUGCCCCAUGUUGUUACCCUAGCGCCAUGUUGUAGAUACAUUUAGUUUUGUUCAUUGUCCAUCGGUGUGGUUGGGGCAGGUCAGAACUGAACAUUUCGGUUAACAUUAUUUGUUGUAUCUGCCACACCCUGUAUUAUGCAUAUAAGCUAAUGCGUAUGAAAAUGCCCUUUAACCUCUUCAUAAUGCUAUUGUAUUGAUGGUCUAAUCCACAUAAGCAUGGGUCACGUCAGCCAUGCAGGCACUUGUGGAAUGCUUUGUCAGUCCAAAGGCUAGCCGUGAAUCCUGCAGGCUUUACAGUGCUGGCUGGUUUGACGUCAUGCUGCAUAGAGGUUUUUCCCCCACUGUGAAUCGUGAUUACCCCCUUUUUUAAACACACUGGACUCAUAUUUUGUUACGUAAUCUCCAACCAGUUAUCAUGGCACAAUGUUUUUUGAAAGUCUCCCUUAGGAUCGCUGUCUGUAUUUUUUAUUCAGAACAGUCAUCUCAGAAAGAAUCAACCCCAAACCAGAAUGGAUUCAACCAAGUGGACUGACUUUCAGUUCUGAUUACUAGUGCUACUGUGCACCAUUUCUACUUGUUUCUUUAAGCCUUUUUAAAUCCUCACAGGGAAUUUGAGGUAAAUAACCGAGGUCUCAUAAACAUGGGACAGUGUGUCUUGUUGUAAUAACAGGGAAAUAAAAGUGGGCACCCUUUUGCUCUUCAA